CGUAUUAGUCAUCCGAGUUGGUCUGAGGUUGGGCGUGCUAUUCAAUGGGUGGGAAUAGAAUGGCGUCCGCAAAGAACACAUCCACAAGCGCUGGACCAUCUGCCCCUGGGGAGGAACGACCUGUACAGCAACCUACUCCUCAUUAUAUGCACGCAAAGAGAGCACAAUGGUUUUUGGACUUCGUUGUUCAGGGGGACCUUUUUGGGCCAGCUGUUUUCAUGCGACCCACUUGCGUUACAGACGUUGGGGGAGCGGUCAACGUUGUUCCUCUCGGUACCGUCGUCUCGUGCGCGAAGACUCCUGGAGGUUUGCUCAAGCUGAACACUAACGGCUUCUACGACGAGUGCAGACUGCCUAUCAGAGGUGUUAAAGGUGUGCUGGUGACCAUCAAGAGUUUCGCGGGGUACGGCUCGAACAUGCUAUUGUGCUGUCACUUCAAAGGCCUUUGCGAUGGCGGCAGCAAGCGUCUUCCAUCACUAGAGCAAUAUCUCGAUCUCGCGUUGAUGGUGCCGAAAGAACGCCCGGUUCUUCCGCCAGAACAUGUUUUCCGGCUUCUGCCACCCCGUGAGGGGUCGUCCGGCUUGGCUCAAGAAACUCCAGGUACGGCAGUGGGGCGCGGGAGUCCGAUUCAAGACGCUGGGGUUCGGGUCAAGGGACGCAGCGUUCACACGCAGCUCGGCCCGGAUGCUCCUAGGAACACGUUGGACUUGCAUUCUCAGGGUACAGGGACUCAACGGGUCGGUACUCCGAAACUUAUCAAGGUCCGCUGCGGCGCUGAAACGUAUUCGCUUCGAGAUGAGAUGAGAAGAGAUUCAAGCAGAUCGGGGCUAGAUGUUGGAGGGAAUGAGGCUGAAGGGAUGGGGGCUGUCCACGAAAGCUCUGGCGGGGAGCAGACUCCUUCGGAGAGGAAGAGCGAGCGACAGAGGAUGGUGCGAGAGGAGGUGGCGGAAGGAACCCUCUGCAUGAAAAGGAUGAGAGGAAAACCGAAGGCGGUGAUGGGCGGGGAUGGAGGUGGCAACGGAGAACGUGCCUCGGGAAAGAGGCCGACGAAGGAAGAGGGUGGUACGGCAAGUAAGAAAGCGAGGAGGCCCGGCGGUUUGACCAUCCACGAAGGACAAGCCGCGGGUGGAGGAGAUUCGGCUGAUCCACACGCUGCGGCCGCGAGAGAACCUUCGGGGAAAUCGAAACGGAAAGUGGCAGGUGAAGAAGGCGAUGGCCAGAAGAAACCUCGAAGGCGGAAGACUGCUGAGGCGGCGAGCGGUGGCGAAGGGCCUGUCGGUGAGGAGUGCGAUAAAGCGGCAGCGUUCUGGCUCGAAUAUGAGCGGAACGAUGUCGGUGAAAUCGUGGAGAAGGAGCUCCCCGUCCAACUGCUCAUCGACCCCAGGAAGAUCUGCGACAUCCCGCCUUGGGAGAGAUAUUACAACCACCGCAGUCUAAGUCGCGAAACUGUGGACGACAUCAAGGAUGCGAUGCUGAGUCAAUUCCGCGAGAAAAAGGGGAAGAUCUGGACGAAAAACCCUCUGGUUUUGGCACCGAUCUACAAGUCGGUGACGCGUAGGCCGGAGAAAGCUGACAGGGUUUACAAAGAUGUCUUCAAGCCAAAGGACAAGGACAAGUACUACUAUUACCCUGUUAACGGGCAACACACCGUGGCUGCUGUGAAGGAGUUGGAGGGUGAUCCAAUAUUCGAUUUGUGGAAGAUGCACUUGUGGCCGGCGAGAGUAGUGUGGUUCUCCGACCGAGAUUUCGCGGGGUAUGGGCAGGUCAGUCUCAACGAGAACACGAGACACAAGAUGUCUAAGCAGCGAUCGCAGAAGGCCGCGUUCUUGGACAUGCGGGAGGCAUGGGAGAACGAAGGAAGGCCGAUGGCCAUUCAAGGGAACCCUUCCGGCAAGGAGGUUGAAAAACAAAAGUUUUUCGAUUUCCAAAAGCUGAUUUUGGGAAAGAGUCCGAACGAAGCUCACUGGACGUUGUCAAAAAGAGAUUCGUCGCUCGCCGACAAUGAGUAUGUCGCUGCUGUUGGCAAUGCAUUGAGGCAGUGGAUGCCUCUCGUGACGGCCGGUGAUGACGUUUUCCACAAAGCCAUGGAGUUCUACGCGAAAUGGGCAGAGGGGAAGUUGUUGGGCGGCGACGGUAAGACAUCAUUGUCGAUGCCGGGCAAAUACAUGCCAGACAAAUCUCCGGGUCUGCAAGCAAUUCCGGAAAUGGGCUCGAAAGGGGCGGCUGGUGAAACGAAGAUGGGGUGGCUUGUCCGGGUACCUCCGCCUCCUACCAAAAAGAAAACGCAACCGGACGACAAGUUUUUCGUGGUCGUGAAGGAGCCAGACAUGUUUUGUUGGCAGUGUCUCGCCGACAUGACUGAUGUCGAGAAACUGUCGAUCCUUGACGACGUUCUCGCGCUAAGGGAAGUGUUCAUGCAAUCCGCGGGCGGCCAUCUGAAGCGUCAGCAUAAACCUGGAAUUAUAGACAUAGUCGCGACGAGGAAAGUGGACCAUGUGAUGCUCCGUAUGUUCCACUACAUCUUGUUCCUUGAAACGGAGGAGAACGAACGUGUUUGGCGCCACGGGAGCCCAUUUUUUUGGACCGAGGGGAAGCUUCUGGAGGAGUUCGGGCCGCAGGGCCUCACGAAACAGGUGUGGGUCAAAAUGCGAAAGCAUUUCCAAGGCGCGGUGGAGUACGUGAACACUUGCAAACGUACUCUUCUGCACGAGAAGGAGUCCAUCGACGACGCGAAGAGAUUGUACAAUGAUGACAGGUUCCCUAAAUCUUUUGAAAAGUCUGUCCGUUCCAUCUUGCGACGAACGGAAGACGAAGUUCGAGACACGAUCAGGGUCAGCGGGGAUGUGAGGCACAUCAAAUGGCCCGACCUCAACCGGGUGACCAGCCUUAUUCCUUUUGCUUUCCCGGCUUCCCAAGCUCACAGUCAUGUCACUGCGAUCCGUGAGGUUGUGUGACAUUACGCGUGCAACCUGUAC